ACGGCGGUACGUAGUCUCUGCGGCUCGCAAAUCGGCGUGAAUCGGGAGUCAUAAGAUAAAGUGGGAAUUGUACUUCCAAAGGCACACUAAAAGUAUUGCAGCUCUCCAUAAACAUCUAUUUCUUAUCGAAAAAUAUAGUGUACGUGAAAAAUAUCCUACACCAUAAUUGGAAUAUAUUCAAAACUUCUUGAGCUUUGAGAUUCAGUUUAAAAAGUGAACAAAAACGAAAAUGCAUCUUUGGGAUUUCUUAUCAUAAAAUCCUUUCAGCACCACUUUCAACUUGGCUAUAGAGUAAUACAUUAAAUCAAGUGUGGUACAGAUAACCUUUAUAAGAACAGUCUUUUGAUAUGUUGUAUUUCAACUUUCCCAUCAACUUUAAACGACAGAAUCUAGACUGAAAAAAUAAGGAUCCUAUAAAUUAUAACGUUGCACCACACAAACUCCAAGUUGUGGAAUAAAAAAAAGCACCUAAAAUAUAAUGCUAUAAAUAUAUAACACAUAUAAAUAUAUAUAAUAUAACAUAUAACUUUAAAAGUUAUACUUUUAAACAUACUUUAUCUUGUGCUUACAAAAAUAUUACAUCAAAAUAAUAUAACCGUUUUAAAGAGAAGUGUCCCAAAAUGACCAAAUACAAUAGUGGCAGCAGUGAAAUGCCCGCAAAUCACAACAUAAAACAGGAAUACAACAACGGCUAUGGCCAGCAAUCCCAUCCUGGAUAUGGAUUUAGCAGUUAUGGCCAACAUAAUCAGCUAUCCCAUCCCAGCCAGAAUCCGCACCAGACCCUGCAGAAUUUCUUCAGCCGCUUCAAUGCCGUCGGAGAUGCGAGUGCGGGAAAUAAUGGCACUGCUUCGAUCUCCGCCUCCGGAUCGGGAUCCUCCUGCAAUUACAGCCAUGGAAAUCAUCCGGCGGAGUUGGACAAACAGUUGGGCAUGACUAUGACCCCAUCGCCCAUCUACACCACCGACUACGAUGACGAGAACAGCAGUCUCAGUUCCGAGGAGCACGUCCUGGCGCCCCUCGUCUGCUCAUCCGCCCAAUCCUCGAGGCCCUGCCUCACCUGGGCCUGCAAGGCGUGCAAGAAGAAGAGCGUCACCGUGGACCGACGGAAGGCGGCCACCAUGAGGGAGCGACGGAGACUGCGGAAGGUUAACGAGGCCUUUGAGAUCCUCAAGCGACGCACAUCAUCCAAUCCCAACCAGCGGCUGCCCAAGGUCGAGAUAUUGCGCAAUGCCAUCGAGUAUAUUGAGAGCCUGGAGGACUUGUUACAGGAAUCCAAUCCAACACGCGAUGGCGACAACCUGGCGCCCAGUCUAAGCGGCAAAAGCUGCCAGUCCGAUUAUCUGAGCUCUUAUGCCGGUGCCUAUUUAGAAGAUAAACUGAGUUUCUACAAUAAGCACAUGGAGAAAUAUGGCCAGUUUACAGACUUUGAAGGCAAUGCCAAUGGCUCAAGUUUGGACUGUCUGAACCUCAUUGUCCAGAGCAUCAACAAGAGCACCACGAGUCCCAUUCAAAACAAGGCCACGCCCUCGCCUGCUGAUUCCAAGACGCCGCCCACAUCUGGAGCCACUGCACCCACAUCUCUGCACGCGAACUUCAAACGGAAAUGCAGCACUUAGCACUAGGAUUUAAAAAACCCAACUAGGAAAUUGUAAAGCUAUUUUUUAAGAGGAUACACGAGAUACCCAGUGACCCGAAUAGGCCUUAAAUUAUUUGUAUAGCUUUAGCACUUAAUUAAACGGUAAUUGAAAACAGCAA